UUUUUUUGGUGUUGGGCUACCUUGGCUGAUGCUGUGCCAUGGCCAUGCUUGAACAGUGACUUUGCAUUGCCCAGGGUUGGCCCAUAGGGUUGUUUCCAUAUUUCCACUCAUAGUACACAGGGCGUUUUGCCGAAGUAUUUCUCUCUCUCAGCUCUCUGAGCAUGGCUGCACCCUCAGCAUUGCUCCUGUACAGCACAUCCAGUGGCACUAUCCUCCCACUCCACUUGUGAGGUGGGGUGCUGUGCUCAGUUCUGGGCUCCCCAGUGUGAGAAAGACAAGGAGCUGGUGGAGAGGGUUCAGUGAAGGGCCACAAAGGUGAUUUGGGGUCUGGAACAUCUCUCUGAGGAGAGACUGGGGGAGCUGGGCUUGUUUAUUCUAGAGAAGAGAGAGGGGAGCCCUUGAGUGCAUGUAAGUAUCUGUUAAUCAAGAGGAUGGUCAAAGUCUUCUCGGUAGUGCCCAGCAACAAGACGAGGAGCAAUGGCCAUAAACUAAAACACCUCCACAUGAGGAAGGAUUUCUUUACAUUGAGGGUGGCUGAGCACUGAACAGCUGCCCAGGGAGGGUGGGAGUCUCUCUGGAGCCAUUCAAACCCCAGCUGGACGCGCUCCUGUGUCACCUGCUCGGCCGGUGUGACCCUGCUUAGGCAGAGGGGUCAGACUGUGUUACAGCCAGAGGUCACUUCCAGCCUCAGUUCUUCUGGGACUCUUCCUGGCCAUUAGCAGGGACAUCAGCACCAUGCCCAGGACCUGAGGUGACUCCAUCGGUGCCACGCUGGAUGUCGCACGAGCCGCUCCCCGCUUGCCAUUCCCUGUCCCGGGGCAGCCCCGCUCCGUCCCGUCCGCCGCUCCGCUCUCCGGGUUUCCCCGGCGCCGCUCGCGCCGCGCCCGCUCCGCGGUUCCGCGCUCCGCGUUUCCGCUGCGGCCCGCGCCGGCCCCGCCCCGCGGCUCCGGUUUCAGGCGCUGCUACAGGGACCCCCAAGAUGGAAACGCAGGGGCUGCCGGCCGCGGAGGCGGCCCGGGCCCGGCCCGCCGCGCAACAUGGCGGCCCCGCCGCGCCGCCGCCGCCCGGCUGGGACCCGCCGCCCGCCGCCGCAGCCCCCUCCCCCGCCGGCAGCACCGUCGCGCCGGGCCUCUACGUGAGCUUCCCGGUGCUGCUGGUGGAGGAAAAGCCGGAGCCCGGCGCCAGCCCGGCGCCCAGCGCGCCGCCGGCGGGGCCCGCGCCCGACAGCGAUGGGCUCCUGCUCGUUUUCAACGUGGUGCGCGGCGCGGCCGAGCCCGGCGCGGGCGGCGGCGAAGCAGGGCGAGCCCAGCCCGGCCCGCCGCCCGCCGAGCCGCCGGAGGAGGCCCCCGGCUCGGCCCCGCCGCCGCCGCCGCCUCCUCCCCCGCCGCCAGCAGCGCUGCCCCCCGCGGGCGGCGAUGGCGGCGGGGCGGAGGACGGCGCCUUCUCGGGGACCAUCACCAUCAACAACCAGAGCCUGCUGGUGCGCAUCGAGAACGGCGUCCUGACGCUGGGGCCCGGCGCCGAGCAGCCCGCGGGCCCCGCGCCGCCCGCCGCCGCCAGCCCCGCCGAGCCGCCGGGCGGGCCGCGCCCGCGCUCGCCGCCGGCCUUCCCGUGCCCGGAGCCGCGCUGCGGGGAGGCCUUUCCCCGCAAGCAGCAGCUGCGGCUGCACCGCCUCUCGGCGCACGGCGGCGGCGAGGACGGGCGGGGCGCGGCGGCGCGGCCCUUCGGCUGCCCCGUGCCGGGCUGCGCCUGGUCCUUCGCCACGGCCUACAAGCUGCGGCGGCACCUGCACUCGCACGACAAGCUGCGGCCGUUCGCCUGCGCGGCGCCGGGCUGCGCCAAGCGCUUCACCACCGUGUACAACCUGCGGGCGCACAGCCGCGCCCACGAGCAGGAGGCGGCGCACAAGUGCGAGGCGUGCGGGCAGCGCUUCCCCAGCGCCGCCCGCCUCGCCGCCCACCGCCGCCGCAGCCACCUGGAGCCCGAGCGGCCCUACCGCUGCGACUUCCCCGGCUGUGAGCGAACGUUUAUCACAGUGAGUGCAUUAUUCUCCCACAACCGAGCCCAUUUCAGAGAGCAAGAGCAGUUCUCCUGCUCAUUCCCUGGCUGUAACAAGCAGUAUGACAAGGCCUGCCGACUGAAAAUCCACAUGAGGAGUCACACAGGUGAAAGACCUUUUAUCUGUGACUUUGAAGGCUGUGGCUGGUCUUUUACCAGUAUGUCCAAGCUUCUGAGGCAUAAAAGGAAACACGAAGAUGACAGGAGAUUCAUGUGCCCAGUAGAAGGCUGUGGGAAGUCCUUCACAAGAGCAGAACACUUGAAAGGCCACAGUAUAACUCACCUUGGUACAAAACCAUUUGAGUGUCCAGUAGAAGGCUGUUGUGCAAAAUUUUCAGCAAGAAGUAGUCUGUAUAUUCACUCCAAAAAGCAUCUUCAGGAUGUGGACUCGUUAAAGACUCGGUGCCCUGUUUCCAGCUGUAAUAAACUGUUCACUUCCAAACACAGUAUGAAGACACACAUGGUCAAGCAGCAUAACUUCAGCCCAGAUCUCCUAACCCAGCUGGAAGCAACCAGCUCCCUCACCCCAAGCAGUGAGCUCACUAGUCCAGGGCAGAGUGAUCUCAGCAACAUCGACCUCGUGUCCCUGUUUUCCAACGUGUCCAGUAGCAAUUCUGGGAUUACGACGGACAUGGCGCUGGUGAACUCUGGAAUCGUCACGAUCGAUGUUGCUUCGGUGGGCUCGACGCUGGGGGGGAACCUGCCUGUCAGUACCAGUUCCCUGAGCCAGGCAGUUGAUCCCCUGAUCCUGGUGGCGAGCAGCGACAUGCCCCAGAGCCUGGACAGUUCUCUCCUGCUGGGAACCAGUGCAACGGUUCUGCAGCAAAGCACUUUAAAUUUGGAUGAUGUACAGACUGUCAAUGCCGAAGCCUUGGGUUCGCUGGCGUCCCUGUCAGUGAGGAAUUCCAGUCAGGAUGUGCACGGGUUGACAUCCAGCAAUAAUUUAACAAUAGACACAGCCACUUUGACUCCUUCCAGCAGCCUCGGCAGCACCAAUGUGCCUGAGUUACUGACACCAGUUAAAGCUGAACGGAAUUUGUGUCCCAGCUCAGAUGUGGUUGGUCAGCAGGAGGGCAGCAAAGUAGUGACACAGUUUGUGUUCUCCAACCCUCCGGGGAGUUACAGUGCACAGAAGGAAGUGGAUCUUGGCGCAGUGACUGGCAGCUCAUUUUUGGAGAGCUGUGGGUCUGCAAGAACAGACUACAGAGCCAUUCAGCUGGCCAAGAAAAAGAAACAAAAAGGGAAUGGCAGCAGCACAGGGGCAUCUGGCUCUGGUCAGAGGAAAAACAAGGGUGGUAAAGUAAGCCCUACCAACUUUUCUUCAUCUACUCCUGGCAGUCGACUGGGUGGUAACAUAGUUCUGCCAAAUGGAGGGCUGACAAUAAGGGACCCUGCCACUGGAGCCCAGUAUGUGCAAAUUCAGCUUCUUCAGGUAAGAGCUGAGGAGACAAACACAUGCUCAGCUUCUCUGUUAUCCAGACUUGCAUUUUUGGAAGAAUUUGAGUGA